CGGUCGCCUACACCUAUGAUAUAAUCCCGAGGCCCUUCAUCAACCCCUCCAUCUCUCCCCGAUCUUCUCGACCCCUGCUUUUCCAAGUUCCUACAUCAACUAUAUAUGAAGUAUCUCCAAGCAUAUCGCAGCUCAAUUGGAUUCCUGCGACACAUCACCUCUCCCGCAUUCCAUUCCGGCUCCUUCCCCGCACUCCGAACCAACCCUUUCGUUUCCGCCGCCCAACCGAGGUUCACCGCACGCACAAUGGCAACGGCAAUGGCAAAGCGCCUUGAAGGCAAGACGAUCGUCGUGACGGGUGCAUCAUCCGGUAUUGGUCGCAGCACGGCCAAGGAGUUUGCUCGCACCGCGCCCAAGAACCUGAAGCUUAUCGUGACGGCGCGCCGUCUCGAGUCGCUGCAGCAGUUGGCGCAGGAGAUCAAGGAGGAGGUCGGCGACGGCGUCCAGACCUUGCCUGUGAAGUUGGAUGUGAGCAACCAAGAGGAGGUCAAGAACUUUGUGUCGUCCUUGCCGGCGGAAUUCCAGGACAUCGAUGUCUUGGUCAAUAAUGCUGGUCUCGUCAAGGGCGUUGCCAAGGCUCCGGAGAUCGCCCAGGAGGAUAUCGACACCAUGUUCCAGACCAAUGUCAACGGACUGAUCGGGAUGACCCAGGCGGUUCUCCCCAUCUUCAAGAAGCGGGAGGAUGGUGGCCGUGGCGAUAUCAUCAACAUUGGAAGCAUUGCGGGCCGCGAGGCGUACGCUGGUGGCAGCAUCUACUGUGCCACCAAGGCUGCCGUCAAGUUCUUCACGGAAGCUCUGCGGAAGGAGCUGAUCGCGUCGAGAAUCCGCAUCAUUGAGGUCGACCCGGGCCAAGUGGAGACGGAGUUCUCCGUGGUGCGAUUCUACGGCGACAAGGCCAAGGCGGAUGCCGUUUACUCCGGCUGCGAGCCUCUGACGCCCGAUGAUAUCGCCGAGGUCGUUGUUUUCGCCGCUGGUCGGCGCGAAAACGUCGUGAUGGCGGAUACUUUGAUUUUCCCCAGCCACCAGGCGUCCCCGGGCCAAUUGCACAAGAAGAACUAAACCAAAUUAUAUGGCUAGGAGCUACGCAAAUGGCUUGAGUUAGAUGAAACAUGAACAUAGACUACCUCGCUGUAUAGUGCGAAAUAAACUUUGCAAAUGUUACACCGAGUGACACUCGAUCUCCACAAUCCCCAUCCCUCAUUUUUUGUUUAUCAUUCAAUUCAAAACGGUCCAGUUUCAGAGAUAGACAGCGUGUGAUCUGUGGUGUGUCAAAACAUGGAAUGUUCCCAAUCGAAUCUCGAUUCUUGGAUGUGAACUGCAGUCUAUAGGCUAUACAUAUGAAUGCUUACGCCAUGGACA